AUGACAGCAAGCAGCGACAGCAAAAAGAAGUCCGCCCACCGAGUUCGCCCGCACAAGAUCGUGCAGGCGGGCCGGGUCGUCCGCGCCGAACGCGAAGAGUUCAUUCCGCUCCGCAAGCCCGAGUUGGUUGCCAUGCUGAUGCGCGACCUGGGCGAAGGCAACACGUCGGCCGACGCAUUUCGCGAACUCUGCCGCAUGAUCGAAGCCACGCUGCACUUCGAGUACCACUCGGUGCUGGAACAACUGAAAGACCUGUAUUCGCCGUUCGACCCCGAUCGCGAUACCGACCCGGGUGAAGUGAACCAGCCACGCAACGACAUGCAAUACGACGAUCAAGCCGGACAGCUCUUCGACAAAUUUGCCUGGCUGAUGGAACGGGCCAACUUUCGCCGCCUGUCCCGGGCCGAUGUCGAGCAGGUGCUGGGUGUCGCCUCGGAAUGGGGCGUCAACGUCGACUUCGAUUUCGAGGUGCUCGAUCGCCUGGAAGUUUUCGCCCGCGGUAGUGUCACUUCGGCCCGCACCGUGCGCCGUUGGAAGAACCUCCGCCGCGAGGUGGAAAUCGAGAUCCCCACGUUCCAACGGCUGGUCGUCGCCUUCCGGGUUCGUCAGCACAAACGCUUACGGUUCUUUGUGAACCCCAACGCGAUUUACAUCAAGCUGUUCAAGAACAUCCCACACGCAGAUUUAGAAAUGCUUCUGCCCGGCUCGCGUCCCACGAUGAAAUGGGGCGACCGUGGAAAGAUCGUCCUGCCGAUUGUCUCCGGUGUGGGUGUCACCGCAUCGAAGAUCGCCAAGCUCGUCAUGCUCGGUCUACAGGGCCCCAUCGGCAUCGCCGCCUUAGGCGCCGGGGCCGUGGGUUACGGGAUGCGCUCGGUCUACGGCUAUCACAAGACAUUGCAACAAUAUCAGCUCCAACUCUCGCAAAGCCUGUACUUCCAAAGUUUGGGCCACAAUGGCGGAGUGAUGUCGUACGUGCUCGACGAGGCCGAAGACCAGGAAUUCCGAGAAGCCGUGCUCGCCUACUACUUCCUGUGGCAACAUGCCCCGGAAGCAGGCUGGACACUGGCCGAACUGGAUCAGCGAGUGGAAGCGUUCCUCGAACAACAGAUGGGGCGCCCCAUCGAUUUCGAGGCCGACGAUGCGCUGCAGAAACUCGUCCGUAUGCAGCUAGUCGAGACCUUGCCCGACGGGAAACUCCGCGCCCUUCCAUUGCAGUCGGCACUAGUCACGCUCGACCGCACCUGGGACUCCUGGUUCGACUACCACAAGCCGGCCACGGCCAUAUCACCCGAAGCCGCAACGCCACGGGAAGGCGUUCCAUACAGAGCGCGCUCGAUCGUCACUUCAUCCGUGGGCGAUUCUCCGCCCUUCGCGCAUCGUCGCCCAAUUGAGGAUAUAAUCCGCGCUUGGGGUGUUUCUCUACCAAUCAAGCAAGCGAAUCCUCUGGGAGUUGGUGCGAUGCGACGACGAGAUUUUCUAGCAACCACGGCAGCUGCCGGGCUGGCGCACACUCUUCUGCCGUCGGGAGCUGUCGCUGCCGAACAUGAACACAAAGCCGCCUGUGGUCCUGGCUUCGCCAAUCCCGCGGAAGCCAUGAAGGCUCCCCGCGAGAAGUUGCUCUACACCAUGGCCCUCUAUGUCGGCACGCCGGUCGAUAAGCCCGACUACCUGGCCACCAUCGAUGUCGAUCCCGAAUCGCCGACCUACAGCCAAGUGAUCGACCGCCUGCCGAUGCCCAAUGUGGGCGACGAGCUGCACCACUUCGGCUGGAACACCUGCAGUAGCUGCAACGCUCAUGAAGGCCACUCGCGCGACUACCUCGUCGUGCCAGGCCUGGGGUCGAGCCGCAUUCACAUCAUCGAUGCCAAAGACGAACGCAAUCUGAAGAUCCAUAAAGUGAUCGAGCCGGAAGAGAUCGCCGAAAAGACCAACCUCUCGGCCCCGCACACGGUGCACUGCCUCCCCAGCGGCGACAUCAUGAUCUCGAUGCUCGGCGAUGCCCAAGGCAACGGGCCCGGCGGCUUCUUGCUGUUGGACAGCAACUUCGACGUCGCCGGCCACUGGGAGCAGUCGGCCGAAGGCAUGCGUUACAACUACGACUUCUGGUACCAGCCACGCAAGAACGUGAUGAUUAGCAGCGAGUGGGGCGCCCCCAAAACCUUCACUCCCGGUUUCGAUCUCAAGGACGUAGAGGCAGACAAAUACGGUCAUCAGCUCCAUUUCUGGAAUUGGUCGCAACGGGAGAUCGAACAGUCGAUCGACCUCGGCGCCGAGGGCUUAAUCCCCUUGGAAGUCCGUUUCAUGCACAACCCAGACAGCGAGCACGCGUUCGUGGGCGCCGCGCUGUCGAGCACCAUGUGGCACUGUCACCGCAAGGAUGGAAAGUGGCAAGCCGACAAGGUGAUCUCCGUCCCCUCGGUCGAACUCGAAGGCUGGCCAUUCCCAGUCCCCGGGCUGAUCACCGACUUGUUGAUUUCGAUGGACGAUCGUUUCCUCUACUUCUCCGACUGGCUGCACGGCGAUGUACGGCAAUACGACAUCACCGACCCGGCCCAUCCUAAGCUCACCGGCCAAGUGUGGACCGGCGGACUUCUCGGCAAGGGCGAAACAAUCGACGGCAAGCACCUCGGCGGCGGCCCGCAGAUGAUUCAGCUCAGCCUCGACGGCAAGCGACUCUACGUGACCAACUCGCUGCUGAGCAGUUGGGAUAACCAGUUCUAUCCUGAGAUGGCCAAGAAUGGUUCAACGCUGGUGCAAAUCGACUGCGAUACCAAGAACGGCGGGAUAAAGCUCAACAAAGAUUUCCUAGUCGACUUCGGCAAAGAACCCGGCGGCCCCGCUCGCGCCCACGAGGUACGAUCGAACCUCAUGAUCGUCGUCACCAAUCGCAUUCCCGUGGCAAAAGGGCACGAGAUCGACUUCGAAGACCGCUUUCGCAAUCGCGUGCAUUUAGUCGACAAAUCGCCCGGCUUCAUUCGCAACGAAGUCCACCGCCCCUGUCCUAUGCGUUUCGAUCACGAAACGGGCGAGUUCGUACCCGACGAAGAGAACGAAGGCUAUUACGAAGUGAAAACCUGGUGGCGUUCGAUGGAAGACUUCGUGGCCUGGACCCGAAGUGAAGCCUUCGCAGAAGCCCAUGCCAAUCGCCCGCCCAAGGAAAUGUUCCGAGGUCCCAGUUCGCUGGACGUGCACGAAGUGUUCCUCUCCACCGACGAAGGCGCCGCUGGUGAUCAACCGAACGUGCUGAUCGUCAUCGCCGACGAUUGCACGUUCAGCGACCUGCCGAUCCACGGUGGAACCAACGUUGUCACACCGAACGUAGAUCGGCUGGCGAAGGAGGGGCUGCAGUUCACGCAUGCCUACGUGUCGAUGGCCAUGUGCCUGCCGUGCCGCACCGAGAUGUAUACCGGCCUAUACCCGAACCGUAGCGGCGCCAGUUGGAAUCACGCGGCCGCCCGUCCCGGCACGAAGAGCAUCUGCCAUUACCUGGGCGACUUAGGCUACCGCGUGGGUCUCACCGGAAAAUAUCACGUGUCCCCGGCCGAAAGUUUCCCCUUCGAGAAAGUGCCCGGCUUCGAACGCGGCUGUGUCAAACCGACGGCCGAUCACGACACGGGAGGCAUCCGCCGCUUCAUGUCGCAAGCCGGAGGCGAACCGUUUUGCCUAGUCGUCGGGCUGGUCACCCCGCACGUGCCCUGGUCGGUGGGCGACCCUGAGCACUUCGACCCCGCAACACUCGAAUUACCGCCGAACAUUGCCGACACCGAACAAACCCGGCAAGACUUCGCCAAGUACCUGGCCGAGAUCGAAGUAAUGGACCAGCAAUUGGGCGAUGUGCUGGAUGCCCUCGAAGCCUCCGGCAAGGCCGACAACACGCUGUUGAUCUUCACCUCAGAGCAGGGGGCCCAAUUUCCCGGCUGCAAAUGGACCAACUGGGAACAGGGUAUUCACACCGCCUUCGUGGUUCGAUGGCCCGAACAUGUAACUCCAGGCACGCAAACCGACAGACUGGUUCAAUACGCCGACGUACUGCCAACCCUCAUCGAAGCCGCCAGCGGCGAGGUUCUUUCGGAGCAAUUCGAUGGCCAGAGCUUCCUGGGCACUCUCGCCGGCGAAGACACUCAGGGCCGACCGUACUGCUACGCCAUGCACAACAACGUGCCUGAGGGGCCGCCCUAUCCAAUCCGCUCAGUCCGCGAUCGGCACUUCCAUUACAUCCGCAAUCUGACGCCGGAGGCCACCUACAUCGAGCGGCACGUGAUGGGCCUCGCCGAUCAUACGCCCUACUGGCCCACCUGGAUGUACACUUCGCCUGUUAACGACCACACCUAUGCGUUGGUCCAACGCUACAUGCGUCGUCCGGCAGAACAGCUCUAUCACACCAGCGAUGACCCGUACGAACUGACCAACUUGGCCGACGACCCUGCCUACGCCGAAGUCAAAGCCCGACUGUCCGCAGAACUCGACCGCUGGAUGGCUGAGCAGACAGACCCGGGAGUGGAGCUAGACACCCGCGAAGCAUGGAAUGCCCGCCGAACCGCCGCCGGUUUGAAAGAAAAGAACGACUAG